AUGAGUGACAUGUUUGCGCCACCUGCUCCUGUCAAAAGAUUCUUGACCGAAAAUCCUCCAAUUGUAAUGCUUCCCUCUGUCCUCGAUGUCAUUACCAUGGAUGAUGGGCUACCAAAAGCAGUGUACAAAUCUGCAGUAUCAGAAGUGGGCUGUGCUGGUGAACUGGCUCGUAUUAACUUUGAAUCCCAUCAGGACACCCUUCCCUUUUCUCCAGACACAACCCAGACCUUUUCGGUCAACUCCCUGACCUCUUCUAGUCCUCUACUGCACAGCACUCUUCUUGCUCGGAGCCCGAGGUUUCACGUUAGUCGGCACGGUCUCUUGGAACUCUCUGCCUUGAGUUCAGAUGAACACUUCAUGGAACGGAACCCCCAGGUGAAUGAACCCUUGAGUUCUUCUCAACAUCUCUCAGAAAUGAAGUUUACCUCAACAGCCUUCUUCACUGUUACAAAGAGGAAACAGAGUGAGGAGGAGAACCAAGCUGACAGAGAAAUGGAUGGUUGUAGUUUUCAGGCUGCAAAAAGAACAGCACUUCCAUCACAAUCAACCUUGGAUCCUAUUGAGUCUUUUGGGGAGGUAAAUAAGGUAGGUUAUGUGGACAAAGUGUCUUCCUCAGGACCAGAACACACAUCAAAAAAUAGGUUAUGUGAGUCUUCAAGAAAGACAUUUGCUUCCCCUGUUGUGCCAGUUGACUGGACAUCUGCCUUGGGGUCACAGCUUGUUAAAGAAGGUACAUCUAGAAUGUCAUAUCCUAAUACACGUAUGGAUGUUGGCACAAGAAAGACUGUGGACCUCCCUAAUCCUGCUGUAUCGAGUGGACAAAGCCUAGAGGCUGUUGAGAUGAAGAAAGAGCUGGGUUAUGAGACUACUACGGCAGGGUUUCAGUCUGUGGCUUCCAAGAAGGAUAGCUCAUUGCCUGAGGAUUUUUUAGAGGUGGAUCAAGAACACCAAGCAAGAUUCAGCCUUGGUGGUCUCAGCAACCCAGCAAAGGGAAAGCAAGACGGGGAGGACAGCGCAAUAACUGUGGCGAUUCGAGUGCGGCCACUAAACUCAAGGGAACAGAAAAUGAAGGCCAAGUCUGUGGUGUCUGUUUCUGGGCAGGAGACUACUGUUCACCCUCCACAGAGCCAGCAGAAGUUCUCGUUCUUCUUUGACUUCUCAUUCUGGUCAUGUGAUGCCCAGGACAGCUCUUACGCCAGCCAGGAGACGAUCUAUGAGAGUUUGGCUCGCCCUCUCCUCGACAAGGUCUUUCAGGGAUAUAAUGCGUGUCUGUUUGCCUAUGGACAAACAGGAUCUGGAAAAUCCUACACAAUGAUGGGAUACAAUGAAGAGGCUGGAGUAAUCCCCCGAUUCUGUGAGGAAGUCUUUGUUAAGGCUGCUGAGUUCAAACAGGAUAAUGUGACCUGUCACAUUGAAAUGAGUUACUUUGAAAUCUACAAUGAGAAACUUCAUGAUCUCCUCACGUCUGACAAGGAAAAGAAUAAAAACAAGAAGACAUCUCUUCGCAUACGAGAACAUCCAGAAUUGGGACCAUAUGUAGCUGGGCUUUCUGCGUACGUAGUUGGCUCUUUCACAGAUGUGCAGGGCUGGCUAGAGUUGGGAAACAAGCAGAGAGCUACAGCCGCUACUGGAAUGAAUGACAAGAGCUCCCGGUCUCACUCUGUCUUUACAAUGGUGGUGACGCAGACAAAGAGAGAGACUUUAGAUGGCGAGGCUCACAACCACACUGUGAGGAGUCAUGUCAACCUGGUGGACCUGGCAGGAAGUGAGCGGUCCUCAUCGGGUCAGACCACUGGAAUGAGACUCAAGGAAGGAGCCAAUAUAAACAGAUCCUUGAUGACUCUUGGCAGGGUGAUUAGUGCUCUUUCUGAAGCAUCGCAGUCCAAGAAGAAGCACUUCAUUCCAUACAGGGACUCUUUGCUAACCUGGCUUUUAAAGGAAAGUCUUGGGGGAAAUUCCAAGACUGCAAUGCUGGCGACGGUGAGCCCAGCAGCAGUGAACAUGGAGGAAACCCUGAGCACUCUGCGCUAUGCGAAACAAGCACGCAGCAUCAUUAACGUGGCCAAAGUCAAUGAAGACUCCAAUGCGAGGAUUAUUCGAGAGCUAAAAGCAGAAAUUGAGAAGCUCCGAGCAUUCCAGCGAUGUAGCCAAGGAACAGAUUUGAUGAAGUCUGACUCGAGCCUUCACGAGAUACUGUCGCUAAAGCAAAAGCUUCUGGAGCAGGAGAAGAAACUGACAGAGGCACAGCAGGAAUGGAAAGAAAAUCUUGCCAGGGCUGAGCAGUGUAAACUUGAGGAAGCCAGAGAACUUCAGAAGGCGGGCGUCUCUUUCAAAGUGGACAACAGGCUUCCCAAUCUGGUGAGUCUGAAUGAGGACCCCCAGCUCUCUGAGAUGCUGCUAUACAUCAUUAAAGAAGGGCAGACUAAAGUUGGGAGACACAUGGUUGACUCGAAGUACGACAUCCAGCUGACCGGAGCGCUCAUUGCAGACAGCCACUGUCUGAUCACAAACGAGCAAGGAACUGUCACAUUAACCCCAGUUGCAGAUGCCGAGACUUAUGUAAAUGGAGGUCUUUUGUCGGAGCCCGUCACUUUGCAUCAUGGAGACAGAGUGAUUCUUGGUGGAGAGCAUUAUUUCCGUUUCAACCACCCGGUGGAAGUUCAGAAUGGCCACAGAGCUUCUGAGGGGCCAGUCGCUUGUAAAGAGAUGCUGCAGGACUUUGAAUUUGCUAAGAAUGAGCUGGUUGAAUCCCAGAAGCAAAGGAUUGAAGCAGAAAUUGAAGAGGCGAGAGUGCAGGCCCAGCAGGAAAUGAUGCAGGAGCUGCAGACUGCAAGAGAGCUGGCGCAGAAAGAACUGUCAGCACAGCGCUGCUUCUACGAAGAGCGGAUCCGGGAGCUGCAGAAAGACAUGGAAGAUGAGCUCAAUAUGAAGCAGGAGCUUCUCCGCAAGGAGAUGGAACAUAAGAGUCACAAACGCCUAGGGAAGCUGCUUCUGACUGGUCCACCCGAGCCAUCCACACAGGAGCUGGAGGAGAGCCAGCUGAGGCACCGCAGGUUCAUGGAGGCUUUGCAGCUGGAGAAGGAGAAGCUGGCUCGGGAGAUGGCCCAGGUGCAGCAAGCCCGGCUCAGCAGGGAGGAGGAGAAGAAGAGUGCUGCCAGACAGGGCAAGUCUAAGUGGGCCUCUCUCAGGCUGUCUGCCCUUCUACAGGAAGCAAACACAAUCAGCAGAUCUCUAAAGAAACCGGUCACGUUCACCAGGAACAAAUAUCCCAGUGUGAGUGAAGGGGCCCGCUCUGUUCAUGUCCGAGUCACCAACACUGAGAUGGGAGCCUCCACGCUUUGGGAUCUGCAGACAUUUGAGGGGAAACUCCUUUCUAUGAGGGAACUCUGUCAGGGUUCACAUGGUGGGUGCGACGAGGAUCUUUUCUGUUUCCCCACUGAUGUCGAGGUUAAAUCGCAUUCACCUCUGCUAGAUGCCUCACUGGCCUUUGUUUUUGCUGUUUAUGGUGAUGCAUUUGAAAUCCUGUCCUUUAGAUACAAUAUAGCUGUCACAGGCUAA